AUGCUAUUGCUAUUUCUCAAUACUAUUGGGAUUGUCUAUGGACAAAAUCAAAUUACAGUAAUCGGUCAAGCAGAUGAUCCAAAUUGUGCACAGUGUGGCACUGGUACGGUAUGCAUACGUUUGUCGAAUGAGACGGGUGUCAGCUGCGUGUGUCUUCCUGGUUUUGCUCGUUCUCCAUCGACCGGACGUUGUGUGCUUCAAGAAAUACCACAGAAUGGCGUUUGCGACAGCCGUUAUGAAUGUCUAAAUGGAGGUUAUUGUUCAAAUGUCACGAGUAAAUGUGUAUGUUUAUCGGGUUAUGGAGGUCUUAUGUGUGAGUUAGAUAUAAAUGAAUGUGCAGCUAAUGAUCGAAUAUGUGGAUCAUUCACAUGCAUUAAUUUAUCAGGAGAUUAUAAAUGUGAUUGUGAUUUUUUUCAUGCAGGAAAACGAUGUCAAAAUAUUAGUGGUAUUGGGUUGUUCGUAUUGAUUAUAUCAUUGAUUAUAGUUAUUUUAAUUAUUGGUUUCCUUGUUUUAUUUGCUAUUCGCACGUUUCUUACUUAUCGAUUAUCAAAACGAGUUUCAAGAGAACAUGAACUUCAACUUCAAAAUCCUUGCAUGGCAACAUUAACCACUGGUGGCAUGAUGGGAGAUGAUUCAUUAGGAAACGGCCUAUCAUUUAUUCGUCCAAUAGGCCAUAGAAUUUAUGUUCCAAUGCAAACAAGUUUUGCUAACGCAACUCGUAUGCAAGCAAGUCAAGAUGAUGAUGAUAAAAGACAGAUAUCACUGCCACCACCAAAAUAUGAUUCCUCCAAUUUUGGUCAACCGAUGGAUAAUAUCAUGUCUACUUAA